AUGGUGUGCCUGUCAUGCACGGCGACAGGCGAGCGAGUUUGCUUAGCAGCUGAGGGUUUCGGUAAUCGACACUGUUUUCUCGAAAACAUCGCCGAUAAAAAUAUACCGCCCGAUCUUUCGCAAUGUGUAUUUGUAAUAGAACAAGCCUUAUCAGUAAGAGCUCUCCAAGAAUUGGUGACAGCCGCUGGAUCUGAAACUGGAAAAGGCACCGGUUCGGGUCACAGAACGUUGCUGUACGGUAAUGCUAUUCUACUGCGACAUCUCAACAGUGACAUGUAUCUGGCAUGUCUGUCUACUUCGUCGUCGCAAGAUAAGUUGGCUUUCGACGUGGGUCUGCAAGAUCAUUCUCAUGGAGAGGCUUGUUGGUGGACUCUCCAUCCAGCUAGCAAACAAAGAUCGGAAGGUGAAAAGGUGCGAGUUGGUGACGAUUUGAUUUUGGUGUCCGUUGCUACCGAAAGAUAUUUGCACACUACAAAAGAAAACGAGGUGUCGAUUGUCAAUGCGUCGUUCCACGUGACCCACUGGUCUGUUCAGCCUUACGGUACCGGUAUAUCCAGGAUGAAGUACGUAGGCUACGUGUUUGGUGGUGACGUGUUAAGGUUCUUCCAUGGCGGCGACGAGUGUCUCACUAUUCCCAGUACAUGGAGUAAAGACGGUGGGCAGAAUAUCGUUGUAUACGAAGGAGGUUCUGUGAUGUCUCAAGCUCGUUCUUUAUGGCGAUUAGAGCUCGCCCGUACCAAGUGGGCCGGCGGCUUCAUAAACUGGUACCAUCCUAUGAGGAUCAGGCACAUAACUACUGGCAGAUACUUGGGGGUGAACGAUCAGAACGAAUUAUAUUUGGUCAGCAGAGAAGAGGCGACUACGGCCUCUUGCGCUUUCUGCCUACGUCAAGAGAAAGAUGACCAGAAAGUGGUACUUGAAGACAAGGAUCUUGAAGUCAUCGGAGCCCCAAUUAUUAAGUACGGUGACUCCACCGUCAUCGUUCAACACUCUGAGACUGGGUUGUGGUUAUCGUAUAAGUCGUACGAGACGAAAAAGAAAGGCGUUGGUAAAGUUGAGGAGAAGCAAGCUAUCUUACACGAAGAAGGCAAAAUGGACGACGGUCUUGACUUCUCCAGGUCACAGGAGGAGGAGUCUAGAACUGCAAGAGUUAUUAGAAAAUGUUCUUCUUUAUUCACCAAGUUCAUUAAUGGUCUUGAAACCCUGCAAGAAAAUCGGCGUCACUCAAUGUUCUUCGCUUCGGUCAACCUCGGCGAGAUGGUGAUGUGCUUAGAAGAUCUGAUCAAUUAUUUCGCACAGCCGGAUGAGGAUAUGGAACACGAAGAAAAACAAAACAAACUCCGCGCUCUCCGCAACCGUCAGGACUUGUUCCAGGAAGAAGGUAUUCUUAAUCUCAUCCUCGAGGCGAUCGACAAGAUCAAUGUCAUCACUUCACAAGGGUUUUUGGCCGGGUUCCUCGCUGGAGACGAGUCUGGACAGAGCUGGGAGAUGAUCUCUGGAUAUCUUUAUCAACUAUUAGCGGCAAUAAUUAAGGGCAACCACACAAACUGUGCGCAAUUCGCUAACUCCAAUCGACUCAACUGGCUCUUCUCGCGACUUGGCUCGCAGGCCUCGGGGGAGGGUACGGGAAUGUUGGACGUACUCCAUUGCGUACUCAUCGACUCUCCUGAAGCACUGAAUAUGAUGCGGGACGAGCAUAUUAAGGUGAUCAUAUCUCUGCUAGAGAAGCACGGGCGAGAUCCAAAAGUGCUGGAUGUGCUGUGUUCGCUUUGCGUUGGUAACGGUGUUGCGGUGCGCUCUUCCCAGAACAAUAUUUGCGAUUACCUCCUGCCCGGAAAGAACUUACUUCUUCAGACGCAAUUAGUUGACCACGUAUCUAGUGUACGACCAAACAUUUUCGUUGGUCGCGUCGAAGGGUCCGCAGUAUACCAGAAAUGGUAUUUCGAAGUGACAAUGGACCACAUUGAGAAGACAACGCAUAUGAUGCCGCAUCUCCGAAUCGGAUGGGCGAAUACAACAGGAUAUGUACCGUAUCCCGGUGGCGGUGAGAAGUGGGGCGGUAACGGAGUGGGAGACGACCUGUACUCGUACGGGUUCGACGGCGCGCACCUUUGGUCGGGCGGGAUGAAAACGGCCGUUCACCGUACGCACUCAGAGGAGCCAUUUAUUAGGAAAGGCGAUGUCAUCGGCUGCGCCUUGGACCUAACAGUGCCGAUAAUAAACUUUAUGUUUAACGGCAUAAGGGUCACCGGUUCGUUCACCAAUUUCAAUCUGGAGGGCAUGUUCUUCCCAGUUAUAAGCUGUUCAAGUAAAUUAAGUUGCCGCUUUCUCCUCGGCGGUGAACACGGUCGUUUACGCUACGCGGCUCCUGAAGGCUACUCACCGUUGGUAGAGUCGCUGUUGCCACAGCAGAUCCUCAGCUUGGAGCCCUGCUUCUACUUCGGUAACUUGGCGAAACGUGCGCUCGCUGGCCCUCCAUUAGUUCAAGACGACACCGCAUUUGUUCCAACUCCUGUAGACACUAUGCAGAUCACAUUACCGUCGUAUAUUGAACAAAUUCGAGACAAGCUUGCCGAAAAUAUUCACGAAAUGUGGGCAAUGAAUAAGAUCGAAUCCGGCUGGAUGUACGGGGACCAGCGCGACGAUUUGCACAAGAUACACCCGUGCCUCGUACCAUUUGAGAGAUUGCCUCCAGCUGAGAAACGUUACGACAUACAACUCGCCGUGCAGACGCUCAAAACGAUCUUGGCCUUGGGCUACUACAUCAGUUUGGAUAAACCUCCGGCCCGCAUCCGUAAUGUUCGCCUCCCCAACGAACCUUUCAUGCAGUCGAACGGUUAUAAACCAGCACCGCUGGACUUGAGUGCUGUCACCCUAACACCAAAAAUGGACGAGUUGGUCGAUCAGCUGGCCGAGAACACACACAACCUGUGGGCACGUGAACGCAUUCAGCAGGGCUGGACGUACGGACUUAAUGAAGAUCCCGACAUGCACCGUUCGCCACAUCUGGUCCCUUACCCGAAAGUAGACGACGCGAUCAAGAAAGCGAACAGAGACACUGCCUCUGAGACUGUUCGGACACUGCUCGUCUAUGGAUACAAUUUGGACCCGCCUACCGGAGAGCAGCACGAAGCUCUACUAGCUGAGGCGUCUAAACAAAAGCAAGCGGACUUCAGGACGUACCGCGCAGAGAAGAACUACGCUGUUAGUUCCGGAAAAUGGUAUUUCGAGUUCGAAAUACUAACUGCCGGGCCAAUGAGGGUCGGUUGGGCGCAUGCAGAUAUGGCGCCAGGCAUGAUGCUUGGACAGGAUGAAAACUCUUGGGCUUUUGAUGGAUACAACGAAGAGAAAGUAUUCAGCGGUAGCACAGAGUCAUUCGGCAAGCAAUGGGCGAUGGGUGACGUAGUGGGCGUAUUCCUAGAUCUCAUUGACAAGACGAUAAGUUUCUCCCUAAACGGUGAACUGUUAAUGGACGCUUUGGGAGGGGAGACAACGUUCGCUGAUGUGCAAGGAGAUAACUUCGUCCCAGCUUGUACUCUUGGGGUUGGACAAAAGGCUAGAUUGACGUAUGGUCAAGACGUGAACUCGUUAAAAUACUUUACAACGUGUGGUCUACAAGAGGGAUACGAGCCGUUCUGUGUGAACAUGAAGCGUGAUGUGACACACUGGUAUACAAAAGAUCAACCCAUCUUCGAGAACACAGAUGAAAUACCUGACACGAAGAUCGACGUGACGAGGAUACCGGCUGGAUCUGAAACACCACCAUGCCUGAAGAUUUCUCACAACACGUUCGAGACCAUGGAGAAAGCUAACUGGGAAUUCCUGCGGUUAUCUUUACCUGUGAUUUGCCAUUCGGAAUUUAUAGACGAGACUGAAAAAGCUCGUCGUUGGGUAGAAAUCAAAGAAAGACAACAGAUUCUAAUGAAAGAGGCCACGGAAUCCCAAAUGCCAGCACAUAUCGAUCAGAUCAUGAGGAGCGGCUUCACAAUGAACGAUAUCAAAGGUCUGCACUACGAUGAGAACCAAGAGGAAAUGCCCACAACUUCCAAAGUCAAGCGUCAACCGUCGAGACCGCCAAGGAAAGGCUCCGUCACACGCGGCGUCACUAUACAGAAUUACAAUUUGCAGACAGGUCAAGUGAACGGUAUGCAUCGGUCGACAAGCGAAGCUGAAAUGGCAAAGUAUGAACUUGGAGUAAACAAUUUACCGGAUGAUAAAAAGGACAAAAGAGGCCGUUCGCCGUUCAAGUUCUUCAGGAGUAAACGUGGCGAAAGUGGAGAUCGGAAUAAAUCCCGCAAAUCCAAAACCCCCGAUCCGUUCAGCGAUACGGAAGUUUCACCAGAUCGAGGAAGUACGAGACGGCCAAAUCCUCAAAUCAGAAUUUCACAGGCGAACCAAAGAUAUAACAGCAUGCACAGUAGACCUAAUGGCCACAAUUUAUAUGGAAGUCAGGGGGGUUUGAACACAAACUUGCAAGUAGCCACACCGCCGCAAGAGCGCAAACAAAUGACCACGAGUACGUUAGCCGCGGCCACUACCGAGACUGUUGGCAACGAGAUCUUCGACGCUGAUUGUUUAAAACUUAUUAAUGAAUACUUCUACGGUGUUAGAAUAUUCCCUGGUCAGGACCCAACUCACGUUUACAUUGGAUGGGUGACCACUCAGUACCAUCUUCACUCGAAGGAUUUUAACCAAAACAAAGUCACAAAAUCGUCUGUUAUUAUCACCGAUGAAUAUGACAGAGUAAUGGAAAGUGUCAACCGUCAAUCCUGCUACAUGGCGCGAGCUGAUGAGCUGUACAACGAAGUAAUGGCUGAAGCAACUGGAAAAGGCGCCUCUCAAGGAAUGUUCAUUGGCUGCUCAGUUGAUACGUCCACAGGCACUGUUGCUUUUACAUGCGAAGGCAAAGAGACUAGCAUCAAGUUUAAGAUGGAGCCUGAUACAAAACUCUUUCCCGCAAUUUUCGUGGAAGCGACAUCCCGAGAAAUCCUCCAGAUCGAGCUCGGUAGAUCUUCAACUAGUCUUCCGCUGAGUGCCGCUGUGUUACCGACAAGCGAUAAACAUGUCAUACCCCAGUUCCCUCCACGUCUUAAAGUUCAGUGCUUGAAGCCGCAUCAGUGGGCACGAGUACCUAACCAAUCACUUCAAGUUCACGCUCUCAAACUGUCUGACAUCCGUGGUUGGUCCAUGCUUUGUGAGGACGCUGUCUCCAUGUUAGCUUUACACAUACCAGAGGAAGAUCGGUGCAUCGACAUUUUAGAAUUGAUUGAAAUGGACAAGCUACUAAGUUUCCACUCGCAUACACUGACCUUGUACGCUGCUUUAUGCUACCAGAGCAACUACAGGGCAGCUCACGCAUUAUGUCAGCACGUGGACCAAAAGCAACUUCUGUAUGCCAUUCAGUCUCAAUAUAUGUCGGGUCCACUACGCCAAGGAUUUUACGAUUUACUCAUUGCGUUGCAUCUUGAGUCACACGCUACAACUAUGGAAACUUGCAAGAACGAGUUCGUAAUACCACUGGGACCAGAAUUAAAGGCAUUGUAUGAAGAUCCGGUAAUGAGGCACAGUUUGCGUUCCUUGCAGACCGAAAGUGUGCGGCCUCAAAUGAAUAUGACUGAUAUCUCCGAGAGAAUCACGGAAAUCAGUAACCUCUACUCGCCGUAUUUCCCCCUUGAAGUGGUGCGUGAGUUCGUGAUGCAGGCACUCGCCGAAGCGGUGGAAACUAAUCAAGUGCACAAUCGAGAUCCCGUUGGAGGCAGCAAUGAAAACCUGUUCCUGCCCCUUAUAAAAUUAGUAGACCGACUGUUGCUUGUCGGUAUGAUGCGCGAUGAAGACGUCGAGAAACUGCUUAUAAUGAUCAACCCAGAGACUUGGGAUCCCACUUUUGACAAAGAGGGCAAAGAUGAGCAUCGAAAGGGUUUGCUUCACAUGAAGAUGGCGGAAGGAGCCAAGCUGCAGAUGUGUUACUUGCUUCAGCAUCUUAACGACGUCCAGCUAAGGCACAGAGUUGAAUCGACUAUAGCUUUCGCACACGACUUCGUUGGUGACUUGCAGUCAGAUCAAUUGAGGCGUUAUACAGAAAUUAAGCAGUCGGAUCUUCCUAGCGCUGUAGCAGCUAAAAAGACGAGGGAGUUCCGAUGUCCGCCACGGGAGCAAAUGAAUGCGAUAUUGAGUUUCAAGCACUUAGAAGACGAAGAUAAAGAGAACUGCCCAUGCGGCGAAGACCUAAUUGCAAGAAUGAAUGAAUUCCACGACAGUCUCAUGACGCAUAUUUCACUAAACGCGCUACAAGAACCCGACUCUGACGAAUCAUCUGAACCCGAAACAAAAAGAGGGGCUUUCAGCAAACUGUAUAACAUAAUUAACACAGUUAAAGAAUUGGAGGAUGAGCCAAAGGCUAUUGAAGAACCACCGAGGAAAUCUCCCGAAGAAAAAUUCCGUAAAGUUUUGAUACAAACUAUUGUCAACUGGGCUGAAGAGUCGCAAAUUGAAACACCUAAAUUGGUCAGAGAAAUGUUUAGUCUUCUAGUCCGGCAAUACGAUGCGAUAGGCGAACUUAUCCGUGCUUUAGAGAAGACUUAUGUAAUCAAUGCGAAGACAAAGCAAGACGUAGCUGAAAUGUGGGUGGGACUGAGCCAGAUCCGCGCGUUACUACCCGUGCAGAUGAGUCAAGAAGAAGAGGAACUGAUGCGUAAGAGGCUUUGGAAACUGGUGAACAACCAUACCUUCUUCCAACAUCCUGACUUAAUAAGAGUGCUGCGCGUGCACGAGAACGUGAUGGCGGUGAUGAUGAACACGCUGGGGCGGCGCGCGCAGGCGCAGUCCGACGCGCAGCCCACCGGCGCGCCCGCCGCCGACGACGCCGCCAAGGAGAAGGACACAUCCCACGAAAUGGUAGUGGCGUGUUGCCGCUUCCUCUGUUACUUCUGCCGCACGGGCCGACAAAACCAGAAAGCUAUGUUCGACCACUUCGACUUCCUGCUAGAAAACUCCAACAUUCUUCUAUCGAGACCUUCGUUACGCGGAUCCACGCCGCUAGAUGUCGCCUACUCGAGUCUUAUGGAAAAUACCGAACUAGCGUUGGCGUUAAGGGAGCAUUACUUGGAGAAGAUUGCGGUUUACUUGUCACGUUGUGGUUUGCAAAGUAACUCCGAAUUAGUUGAAAAAGGUUAUCCCGAUCUUGGCUGGGAUCCAGUUGAAGGCGAACGAUACCUCGACUUUUUGCGCUUCUGCGUUUGGGUAAAUGGGGAAAGCGUUGAAGAGAAUGCCAAUCUUGUAAUUCGUCUGCUGAUCAGAAGACCAGAGUGCCUGGGUCCAGCUCUAAGAGGUGAAGGUGAAGGCCUGCUAAAGGCUAUCGUAGACGCCAACAAAAUGAGUGAGAGGAUCGCUGACAGAAGGAAACUAAGGGAUUUGGAGCAGGAGGGAGAUAUUAAUUUCAGCCACCCACUUCCCGAGUCUGAUGAGGAUGAGGAUUAUAUCGACACGGGAGCCGCAAUCCUAAACUUUUACUGUACGCUUGUUGACCUGUUGGGUCGCUGUGCUCCAGAUGCAUCCGUUAUUGCUUUAGGGAAGAACGAAUCUCUACGAGCGCGCGCUAUCUUACGAUCCCUUGUACCUCUGGAAGAUUUGCAAGGUGUACUCAGUCUUAGGUUCACUCUGAACAACCCAGCUGCGGGAGAAGAAAGACCGAAGUCCGACAUGCCCUCUGGUCUUAUUCCCGGCCACAAGCAAAGCGUUGGACUUUUCUUGGAACGAGUCUACGGUAUAGAGACGCAGGAGUUGUUCUAUCGCCUUCUAGAAGAAGCCUUCUUACCCGAUCUGAGAGCUGCUACGAUGUUAGACAGGAACGACGGCUGUGAAUCAGACAUGGCGCUGUCAAUGAACCGCUACAUCGGCAACUCUAUUCUACCCUUGCUUAUCAAGCAUGCCAACUUUUACAAUGAAGCUGAAAACUACGCUAGCCUACUCGACGCCACCUUACAUACCGUUUAUAGAUUGUCCAAAAACCGUAUGCUGACUAAAGGUCAACGUGAAGCAGUGUCCGAUUUCCUGGUGGCGCUUACAUCGGCGAUGCAACCCUCCAUGUUGCUGAAGUUACUUCGUAAACUAACCGUCGAUGUAUCGAGGCUGUCCGAGUACACAACAGUUGCUCUCCGGCUGCUAACGUUGCACUACGAGCGCUGUGCCAAGUACUACGGCAGCACGGGUGGUCAGGGGUUGUACGGGGCUUCGUCAGACGAGGAGAAGCGCCUCACCAUGAUGCUAUUCUCCAACAUCUUCGACUCUCUCAGCAAGAUGGACUACGAACCGGAGCUAUUCGGAAAAGCCCUGCCGUGUCUUAUUGCCAUCGGUUGUGCAUUACCUCCGGACUAUUCGCUAUCGAAGAACUACGACGAUGAGUUUUAUGGAAAGGAAACCCACGCAACAGGGGCAGACAACCCGCAAUACGAUCCCCAACCGAUCAACACGUCGUCCGUUGCUCUUAACAAUGAUCUCAACACCAUCGUGCAAAAGUUCUCCGAACAUUACCAUGACGCAUGGGCUUCCAGGAAAAUUGAGAAUGGCUGGGUGUAUGGUGAGUCGUGGUCGGACAGUCAAAGGACACACCCACGUCUUAAGCCCUACAAUAUGCUGAAUGAUUACGAAAAAGAACGGUACAAGGAGCCGGUAAGAGAGUCCCUCAAAGCACUGUUAGCCAUUGGUUGGUCGGUGGAACAUUCUGAAGUCGACAUUCCCAGUACAAAUCGCAACUCUAUGAGAAGACAGUCCAAAUCCGGUGGCACCGACUCAGCGACACCGUUCAACUACAACCCACAUCCAGUCGACAUGACAAACUUGACGUUGUCGAGGGAGAUGCAGAACAUGGCAGAGAGGCUGGCAGAAAACGCGCACGACAUCUGGGCCAAAAAGAAGAAGGAGGAAUUGGUUGUUAACGGAGGCGGUAUUCAUCCUCAGCUGGUUCCGUACGACUUAUUGACUGACAAAGAAAAGAAGAAAGAUCGCGAACGCUCGCAAGAGUUCCUCAAAUAUCUCCAAUAUCAAGGAUACAAACUACACCGUCCGAGCAAAGCGUCUCAAAGUGACACGGAACAGACCGCAACCGGUGUCGCAAUAGAGCUUAGAUUCGCAUACUCUUUGCUAGAAAAACUUAUUCAAUACAUUGACAGAGCGACAAUCAACAUGAAACUGUUGAAGCCUUCGACUACGUUCAGCCGCCGAUCCAGUUUCAAGACCAGCACAAGGGAUAUUAAAUUCUUCUCUAAGGUGGUAUUGCCACUUAUGGAGAAAUAUUUCUCGACACACCGCAACUACUUCAUAGCGGUGGCGACGGCGACGAAUAACGUUGGAGCGGCGAGUUUGAAAGAGAAGGAAAUGGUGGCGGCGUUGUUUUGCAAACUGGCUAGUUUGUUGAGAUCACGACUGGCAGCUUUCGGUCCGGACGUACGAAUUACAGUUCGCUGUCUCCAAGUACUGGUGAAGGGCAUUGAUGCUAAGUCACUCGUUAAGAACUGCCCCGAAUUCAUCAGGACGUCAAUGUUGACGUUCUUCAAUAACGUUGCCGAUGAUCUUGGCCACACCAUCUUGAAUUUACAAGAGGGCAAAUACGCACAUUUACGCGGUACUCAUUUGAAGACGUCGACUUCCCUGGGCUACAUCAACGGUGUAUUGUUGCCAAUUCUAACAGCCAUGUUCGACCAUCUUGCCAACUGCGAGUACGGGGCCGACUUGUUGCUGGAUGAAAUUCAAGUCGCAUCAUACAAAAUGCUCGGCUCGUUGUUCGUGCUUGGUACCGACUCUACUCUCACACACGACAGGAAAUACCUCAAAACGGAGAUAGAUAGGAAUAAACCAGCGCUGGGAUCCUGCCUUGGCGCAUUCAGCUCUACAUUCCCAGUGGCGUUCCUAGAGCCACAUUUAAACAAACAUAACCAGUUCUCGUUGCUUAACCGUAUUGCGGAUCAUUCAUUGGAGGCACAAGACAUAAUGGCUAAGAUGGAACAAUCAAUGCCAACACUAGAGACGAUACUGAAUGAAGUGGAUCAGUUCGUUGAGUCGGACAAGACUUACAACGAGGCACCUCACAUCAUUGACGUGGUGAUGCCACUAUUGUGCUCCUAUUUACCUUUCUGGUGGGCGCAGGGCCCCGAUAAUGUGACUCCGACGGGAGGGAAUCACGUAACAAUGGUAACAGCCGAGCACAUGAACCAACUCCUUAAGAAUGUAUUGAAACUUAUUAAGAAGAACAUAGGCAACGAAAGCGCCCCUUGGAUGACACGCAUUGCAACCUACACACAACAGAUAAUCAUAAACAGUUCCGAGGAGCUGUUGAGGGACUCGUUCCUCCCGCUAGCGGAGAGAGUCAGGAAGCGAACGGAUACGAUGUUCCAUAAGGAGGAGAGUUUGAGAGGAUUUAUCAAGUCUUCUACUGAUGAUACGUCCCAAGUCGAGUCACAGAUACAAGAAGACUGGCAGUUACUCGUCAGGGACAUUUAUUCCUUCUACCCUCUACUCAUUAAAUAUGUUGACCUUCAGAGAAACCACUGGCUUAGAAACAAUGUUCCAGAGGCCGAAGAAAUAUACAACCAUGUAGCAGAAAUAUUUAACAUCUGGUCCAAGAGUCAGUAUUUCUUAAAGGAGGAGCAGAACUUUAUAUCCGCGAACGAAAUCGACAAUAUGGUGCUCAUAAUGCCUACAGCUACGAGGCGGGUGACUACCAUAGUCGAUGGAAACCCGCAGGGUGGAGGAAAGAAAAAGAAGAAGAACCGUGAUAAGAAGCGAGACAAAGACAAGGAGGUGCAGGCGUCUCUCAUGGUCGCUUGUCUGAAGAGAUUGUUGCCUGUCGGACUCAACUUGUUCGCGGGAAGGGAACAAGAGUUGGUCCAGCAUUGCAAAGACCGCUUUUUGAAGAAAAUGUCAGAACAGGAUGUUGCUGAAUUCGCUAAGACGCAGCUCACGUUGCCCGACAAGAUCGACCCCGCAGACGAGAUGUCCUGGCAACACUAUCUCUACAGCAAACUGGGUUCUAAGAGCAAGACCUCCAUAACGGUGGAAACUGCAGAGAAUAAGGCCAAGAUCAUUGAUGACACCGUAGAGAGAAUUGUUGCUAUGAGUAAAGUGCUUUUUGGAUUGCAUAUGAUUGACCAUCCCCAGCAAAUGAGUAAAAACGUGUACCGAUCGGUAGUGUCUAUUCAACGAAAACGUGCAGUUAUCGCUUGCUUCAGGCAAACUUCUCUACACUCAUUGCCAAGGCAUCGAGCCUGCAACAUAUUCGCACGAUCAUAUUACGAGCUAUGGCUGCAAGAGGAGAACUUCGGUCAAGAGGUCAUGAUAGAAGAUUUAACCCAAUCGUUUGAAGACGCCGAGUUGAAAAAGAGCGACGUAGUUGAAGAGGAAGGCAAGCCCGAUCCUCUCAAUCAGCUCGUUACCACCUUCUGUCGAGGCGCCAUGACUGAACGAUCGGGGGCUUUACAAGAGGAUCCACUAUACAUGUCAUAUGCGCACAUUAUAGCAAAGUCUUGUGGAGAAGAAGAGGAAGAAGGAGGUGGCGAUGAAGAAGAGGGUGGAGAAGCUGAAGGAGAGGAAGAAGGGCGUGCUGGUAUACAUGAGCAAGAAAUGGAAAAACAAAAGCUGUUGUUCCAUCAAGCGCGUCUCGCUAAUAGAGGUGUAGCCGAGAUGGUGCUCCUGCACAUAUCCGCUUCAAAGGGAAUGCCGAGUGAUAUGGUCAUGAAAACCUUACAACUGGGAAUAUCGAUACUGCGUGGAGGCAACAUCGAUAUUCAGAUGGGCAUGCUUAAUCAUCUGAAGGACAAGAAAGACGUCGGAUUCUUUACAUCGAUAGCUGGCCUGAUGAACUCCUGCUCUGUUUUGGAUUUGGACGCUUUUGAAAGGAAUACAAAAGCUGAAGGUCUUGGAGUUGGAUUGGAAGGUGCGGCUGGUGAAAAGAAUAUGCACGACGCCGAGUUUACUUGUGCAUUAUUCCGUUUCAUCCAGUUGACUUGUGAAGGGCACAAUUUGGAGUGGCAGAACUACCUACGUACACAAGCUGGUAACACCACAACUGUAAAUGUUGUUAUUUGCACGGUCGAUUAUCUCCUACGUCUGCAAGAAUCCAUUAUGGACUUCUACUGGCAUUACUCUAGCAAGGAACUAAUCGACCCGGCAGGCAAAUCGAACUUCUUCAAGGCGAUCGGCGUUGCGUCCCAAGUGUUUAACACGCUCACUGAAGUCAUACAAGGACCUUGUACGCAAAACCAACAGGCCUUGGCACAUUCCAGAUUGUGGGACGCUGUCGGUGGUUUCCUGUUCCUUUUCUCACACAUGCAGGACAAGCUGUCGAAACAUUCCUCUCAAGUGGACUUACUCAAGGAAUUGCUCAAUCUGCAAAAAGAUAUGAUCACUAUGAUGUUAUCUAUGCUUGAAGGAAAUGUUGUCAACGGCACAAUCGGUAAGCAGAUGGUGGACACACUAGUGGAGUCCGCAUCGAACGUUGAACUCAUUCUGAAGUACUUCGACAUGUUCUUGAAGCUGAAAGAUCUUACAUCCAGCGCUAGCUUCCAGGAGAUAGACGCUAAUAACGACGGCUGGGUCUUGCCAAAAGACUUUAAGGAGAAGAUGGAACAGCAGAAAAGUUAUACACCAGAAGAGAUUGAGUUCCUGCUAGCGUGCUGCGAGACCAACCACGAUGGAAAAUUGGACUACGUUGGUUUCUGCGACCGUUUCCACGAACCCGCCAAGGAAAUCGGCUUCAACCUUGCUGUAUUGUUGACCAACCUUUCAGAGCAUAUGCCAAAUGAACCAAGGUUGGCUCGCUUCCUGGAAACGGCAGGCUCCGUUCUAAAUUACUUCGAACCAUUCCUGGGUCGUAUCGAAAUAAUGGGCGGUUCAAAGCGCAUCGAACGGGUAUACUUCGAGAUCAAGGAGUCCAAUAUCGAGCAGUGGGAGAAACCACAGAUUAAGGAAUCGAAACGCGCGUUCUUCUACAGCAUAGUUACGGAAGGUGGUGACAAAGAGAAGUUGGAAGCGUUCGUGAACUUCUGCGAGGACGCCAUCUUUGAAAUGACGCACGCUUCCGGCCUAAUGGCCGCUUCGGAAGAAACUGCCGGAGGACCGAAGAACAGGGAGGCCAGUUAUAUGUAUAUGGGCGACGACGAUGAUGAGAGAGCUGGCAAAGAUCCUUUCCGACGCGGAUAUCAAUCAGUGAAAGAUGGCAUCUCGGCUGCUUUUUCAUCUUUAUCACCAUCCAACAUAAAGGCGAAGAUCGCUGACCUCCAACAAAUGCCACCAGCGGAAUUAGCAGUUGGAUUCUUCAAAAUGUUCUUCUAUCUAUUUUACUAUUUCGGUUACGGUGUUCUGGUUGUCAUCAGGUACAUAUUCGGCGUGCUGCUUGGAUUGAUGCGAGGUCCCCAAACCGAUGAAGUACCGCCCGAGCCGACGGAGGAGGAAAAAAUUGGUCCCUCAAGACACCUACCAGCUCUGCCAUCGAAUGACGACACUGGGCAGAUGCAAGUGUCUGCGUUUGGUCUGGAUAUAACUAAAGAAGAUAACGGGCAAAUACAAGUAAAACCACACGAAUCCCCGUCAACCUCGACACCUUCAUCUGGCGAAGAAGCGGAAGUAUCUCCUGAUGAAAGCCCCGAACACACCGAAGAGCAACAGCCUCCAUCGCUCAUCGAUCUUCUUGGUGGCGAACAAGCAAAGAAACAGGCACAAGAGCGUAUGGAGGCACAAGCUGCGCAACAAGCUGCCAUGUCGGCCAUUGAAGCUGAAAGCAAAAAAGCAGUGCAAGGGCCAUCUCCAUCGGCUCUGUCACAGGUUGACCUGUCCCAGUACACACGCCGCGCGGUCUCUUUCCUCGCUCGCAACUUUUACAACUUGAAGUACGUCGCUCUGGUGCUUGCCUUCUGUAUCAACUUCGUGCUAUUGUUCUAUAAGGUUUCUACUUUGGACGCUGAAGGCGGCGAGGGUUCUGGUAUGGGCAGCAUUAUCGCCGGUUCUGGUUCUGGCUCUGGAUCUGGCAGUGGUGACGGUAGUGGCGAGGCAGGCGAUGACGACGACAGUUUAGAAGUGGUUCAUAUAGACGAGGACUUCUUUUAUAUGGAGCAUUUACUGAAAGUCGCGGCAGUUCUACACUCUGUCGUCUCGCUCGCUAUACUGAUUGGUUAUUAUCAUCUGAAGGUACCACUGGCCAUUUUCAAGCGUGAAAAGGAGAUAGCUCGCAAGCUGGAAUUCGACGGACUCUACAUCGCUGAGCAGCCCGAAGACGACGAUCUGAAGAGUCACUGGGACAAACUUGUUAUAUCUGCCAAAUCGUUCCCAGUGAACUACUGGGACAAGUUCGUUAAGAAGAAGGUGCGUGCCAAAUACUCGGAGACAUACGACUUCGACUCCAUCUCGAACAUGCUCGGUAUGGAGAAGACGUCCUUCUCGGCGCAAGAAGACGAAGGCAGCAAGGGUUUCUUACAUUAUAUCAUCAACAUCGAUUGGCGCUACCAAAUCUGGAAAGCUGGCGUGACGAUCACGGACAACUCUUUCCUGUAUUCUCUAUGGUACUUCAGCUUCUCCGUGAUGGGCAACUUUAAUAACUUCUUCUUCGCGGCGCAUUUACUUGAUGUUGCUGUCGGAUUCAAAACGCUGAGAACCAUCUUGCAGUCCGUAACGCACAACGGUAAACAGUUGGUGUUGACAGUGAUGCUGCUCACAAUCAUAGUGUACAUUUACACUGUCAUUGCGUUCAACUUCUUCCGCAAGUUCUACGUGCAGGAGGAGGACGACGAGGUCAACAGGAACUGUCACGAUAUGCUGACCUGCUUCGUUUUCAACUUAUACAAAGGCGUGAGAGCCGGUGGCGGUAUCGGUGAUGAGCUGGAACCGCCCGACGGUGAUGACUCGGAGGUGUACCGCAUCAUCUUCGAUAUUUCCUUCUUCUUCUUCAUCAUUGUUAUCCUGCUUGCUAUCCUGCAGGGUCUUAUCAUCGACGCGUUCGGUGAACUCCGUGACCAACUGGAGUCGGUGAAGGAAGACAUGGAGUCCAACUGCUUCAUAUGCGGCAUCAAUAAAGACUACUUUGAUAAGGUUCCGCACGGGUUCGACACGCAUGUGCAAAGAGAACAUAAUUUAGCCAACUACAUGUUCUUCCUCAUGCAUCUCAUCAACAAACCCGACACCGAGUAUACGGGUCAAGAAACGUAUGUGUGGAACAUGUACACACAAAGAUGUUGGGAUUUCUUCCCGGUGGGAGACUGCUUCAGGAAACAAUACGAAGAUGUGAUGGGAGAGUAG